AUGAUCAACAACUGUCUGAAGGAGGUGCUUUCAUUUAUUUCCGGUUGUUUUACGAAAAUAAAACGUCCAUUAGGAAAAGAUGACAUAUUAUUCUCAUCGAUUCUUGUUCCUGUUAGCGGAGUUUUUCUAGUCAGUCUUUCAAUAGUCAUCGUUUUGUUUGAAGAAUUCAAUACGGAUGAUGCCGAUCAUCGGGUUACUGAGAUCAGUAAUAAGAACAGUAGCCUGUUAACGUUGAUUAGUGAAAUCUGCGAAGUGAUUCUUGCACUUAUUAUUUCCUUACAUUCGAUUUAUUCAUUAAGCAAAUUGGGUAAUAAAAAUAAUAAUCCAAAACAAGAGCCAACUGUUGAAACGGUUAAUAAUCCAGAACAAAAGCCAACUGUUGAAACAGCUAAUAAUCCAGAACAAAAGCCAACUGCUGAAACAGUUAAUAAUUCAGAACAAAAGCCAACUGUUGAACCAGUUAAUAAUCCAAAACAAAAGCCAACUGUUGACUCAGUUAAUUAUAUAGAAAAAAAGUCAUCUGUUCAAACAUUUAAUAUUAAAUUCAAAAUUGACUUUUCGUUUUUACUCAUCGCGAACAUUUUCUUGAACAUUUAUUCUGGUCUUACUUUUGUUGGUUCAGUCAAAACUAAAUCAGAGGAUAAAUUGACUCAAUAUAUACGAUGGUUGACGCUGUCUGCUUCAGUUAUACCAAUUAUUCAGACGAUGCUUCAAUCAAUAGUUAUUUGGCAGGCUCGUCAAUACCAUAGAAAGCUAACUACAGGGAUCAAUAAGAUGUGGAUUAUAUUAAGUUUUGCCAUAUGGCUAUUUGAUACAUUCAGUGCUAAAGGAUAUCAAACAAAUCAAAUUCAAAUUUGUGUCUAUGGCAGAAACUGGGAUGUUUUGGCCGCUAUUUUUAUACCUAUGACGAUAUUUUUUCGCUUCCACAGUUGCAUAAUUUUUGCCAAUAUCAAAGAUGGAGUGUAUUGGAAUAAAGAGGAUCAUUCUUCAGUUUGA